GCCCCCUCCCAUGCCCGGGGACCCGAAUCCACUUUGUUGCCUAAAUAGGCAGAGGAGUCCACCGGCAGCGCCGAUCUGUGGGGAGACGUAUAGCAGCCGCGCGGCGGAAGAGGCAGAAGCCAAGGCAGCGGGACAGUCGAUGCUAGGGAGGCAAGGAGCCGCCCUACAGAAGCAGUGCGGAGCUCUGGCAUGGGACUUUGCCCUGGCUGAACAGAACCCGCAGGCCAAGCAAACACCAUGGAAGACUUUUUGCAACGCACCAAAACAAAGCUGAGUCGCAAUAAACAUUUGGAUAAAGUACACGUAGUCCUUGGAAAGAAAUCCUGUGAUUUGGAUUCACUUAUUUCUGCUUUAGCUUAUGCCUACUAUCUUGAAAAGGUCAGUCCAUCUAACAUCGUAUGUUUGCCAGUACUGAAUAUAUCAAGAAGAGAAAUCUGCUACCACCCAGAGACUAGAUUUAUUUUGGAGGAGCUGAAUAUCCCAGAGUCUCUCCACAUCUUCCGUGAUGAAAUCAAUUUAUAUCAACUGAACAGCGAAGGGAAAUUGCUUCUUACGCUAGUGAACAGCAGUACAUUGACAAGCGAAGAUAAAAAUUUAGAAUCAGCUGUUGUCAAAGUCAUCAUCCCCAAAGAGCAAAAUGAGCUGUUAGAAUCUGCUUCCUGUCUUGUAGCAAAAGAGCUUCUCCGAAAGGCACCAGAGUUAAUCACUCAGCAACUGGCUCAUCUUCUCAGAGGGAGCAUUCUCUCAAAAGUCAUGGAUGAAGAUGUCCUUAAGAUUCCUGGAGAACAGGAAGAAGUUCUUUCAUGUUUGGAGGAGAAAUUCCCAGAACUUUCAACCCGAAAAGACAUCAUCACCUUCCUUCAGGAGGCACAGCUGCAUGACGAUGAGCUGAGGAUUGAGGAAGCUUUGGUCAAGGAUCUCAAAGAGGUGUCAGACGGAGAAAUAAAAGUAGCAGUUAGUACCAUAUAUAUCAAUUUGGAGGAUUAUCUGUUUCACAGAAAUAUCAAUGAAGACCUGAAAGCCUUUGUAGAUAAAUAUGGUUUUGAUGUCCUUGUCAUUUCGGCCAGCUAUUUAUCAGAAGGACAAGAAAAAAAGCAAAUAGCAGUUUAUUCAGAAAACAUGGAGCUAGGAAAUCAGAUUUGCUGCGAAUUAGAAGAAUGUCAGAAUCCAUGCCUGGAACUGGAUCCUAUGGAAUAUGGAUGUGACCAACUUCUUAUUUACCAGCAAGAGAAUUACGUAGCAAAUGGUGAUGAAAUUUUUUUGCUAAUGAAAGAUGUUAUUAGCAGAAGACAUCCUGAAAUGGCACCAAAUAGUAGAACAUCUUCCACCGAAGCUGUGGCUGGAAGUGCUCCACUUUCUCAAGGGUCUUCUGGUAUUAUGGAACUAUAUGGUUCAGACAUUGAACCACAACCAAAUGUUGUGAACUUUAUAGAAAACCCUCAAGAUCAUAAUGGGUCAGGGCAAGCUCAUGCUGAUGUUAACAUAGACCUUGUGAGUCCUGACAGUGGUCUUGCUACUAUUAGAAGCAGCAGAUCAUCUAAGGAGAGCUCAGUUUUUCUUAGUGAUGAUAGUCCAGUAGCAGAAGGGGGUGCAUCUCAUCAUAGUUUUCUUUCUGGAUUUGACUCUUAUAGUCCCAUUCCUGAAGGAGCAGUUGCUGAAGAAGAAAAGCCUCCAUCUAGAAAUAGUAGUGACAAUUACGAUCUUUUUAAUUUUGAUUUAGCACCUAUGCCAUCAGUUGAGACAUUGUCUUCACAUUUGGUGGACUGUUCUGUGGAUGAUUUCUCCCAUGACAGUGGUUCAUCAGAAGAACAGUUGUCAGCUAGUUCAAAAGCAGAUGAGAAGACAAAUCUAUCGGAAUGCGAUAUUGCAAGUUAUUCAAUAGACUUUCGAAGAAGAAAUGAGGAUGAUGAUAUAGUAACAUUGAAUGAAUCUGGCCACCAAGAAGAAAAUCACAGAAGUUUCUCUGAAAAUAAAUCAAAUUUGGUUGCCUUGGAAAAUGAAUUUUCUUCUUGUCCAGAAAUCUUGAAAAGUGGUGAGAGAAGAACUCCCCCAACCCCAAUGAAUAGCCUUGUAGAAACAUCGCCUUUAGAUAGUGGGCCACCUUUAUUUUAUCCACAAGAUGUAAUUGAAAGAAUUAAUGAAAUUGAUCAUGUUAAAAAUCCUCAUUCUCGCAUUAGAUAUGGGAGCUGGUGGGAUGGUUUUGAAUUAGAUUCCAAAAAUGUUGAUACAUGGAAUUCAACUGAGCCAGAAUCUGUAUUUCAGAGUCCUGAUUCAUGGAAAGAUUAUAAAUUAAAUAUGUUACUGAGACAGCAAACUGACAGAAGAGCAUCAGAUUCAGCAUGUAUACAAAAGCAACCAAAGCAUAUGGAAUUUUCAAGAACAGAUACUUGGAAAAAACCAUUUAGUCCUGCCCAAAAUACUUUGGAGUUUCAACAGAAAGAUGAUGAACAGCAAAUAGAAGAAUUUUCUAAUGUGUGGAACUCCAGUCAACCAGCUUGUGGACAGUGGAAUAAUAGUGGACAUAUAAAGACAAACUUGCCUAAUGUUUGGGCAGAGUUUGAACAUGAUAUCUCAAGACCCACAGAACAUCCAUGGAAUGUUUCUCAAGUGGAAUUUGAUCACUUUUCACAAAAUUUUGAUAAAUAUUCUAUGUCUAAAUCUUUGCUGGAAUUAUCUGUAGAUAAUUUAAGUGAAAAUCCAAAAAAUCAAAUUGAUUUCAGUUCUCAAAACAACAGGGAAGAUAGCUCAUUAAGAAAUCAUACAGCAUAUAAAAAUGCAAAAUCUAGUUUUGGCAUUAUGCAGAAAGAUGUUAAAAUGAUUACAGAAAACCAUAGUAACACUAAGUCUGACAAUACCACUGUCUGGGAGCCUUGUGAUUCAAACAUCAGGAAAGAUAUGCUUGGAAAUCUUGGCUCUUGGGAAGAUCCCUUUCUGUCAUACAAAGAUCCAGAAUUUGUUACAUCAAAUACAGGUGAAGAUCUGAUUGUUUCUCCACCAGAUACAAACUAUUCAACAUCUGAUUCAUAUGUGUCACCCACAGGUGUUGGAGAUGAAAAAGAAAGUGAAGACAAAUAUUCUGAUAGAAAGCCAAUCUUUGACCAAAUAAGAAACUCAAAUUCAGAUGAAACUGGAACGGAAACAUAUGAUUUAUCAGAUAAUAAGUCAUUGCCACAAACAUUUCCUGUAUGUUCAUCUGAUUACAGUGAAGUAAGUUGGGAACAAACCCUUAAUAAUGAAAAACAAGUAGAAGCUGAACAUUCUGACCUUAAUAUAAAAGAUGCUGUUGUAUAUGAUUCAGAACAAAAAGUUGCAGAGCUUUUUUCAGGUGACUAUGAUGUUGAUGACAGUAGUCCUUCUGAAAAUAGUGGAGUGAUGUUGAUCCCUGCACAAAAAGAUAAUAAUUCCCCUCUAAGUAGUAUCGUGUGCACAAAAGAAGAAAAUGGUGAGAGGAAUAAUGAAAUCAUUUUUGAAGACAUAGGAUCUCCUUGUUUUGAAGCAAAUGAUACAGAAAACGACAUUUUAGUUAAUUAUCAACCUAGACAAAACAAUCAAUCAGAUCAAGAAAGUAAACUUCUGAACAAGCAAUUUGACCAGAAGGCUGAACAUCUUCAGCACGAUCAAGAAAUUACAUUGGAGGAUAACAGCUUAACUUACUCCUCAUCACUAGAAGUCAUUGAAAAUAAAACUAUUGUAGGGUCAUUCCCUCUUAAUAAUAUUAGAAAUGAAACAAUGCAAAAUGACAUGCAACUGUCACUUUUACUACCUCUUUCAUAUGUUAAUAGUUCAGAAGAAAGCAGAACAAUUUCUGAUUAUCCCAGUUCUCCAGAAAAAACUAUAACUAGUGGAAGUCUGGAAGAAGUAGCAGCAGAACCACCAGAAGUAAAUGUAUCAUUUUCCAAUUGGACUCAUCUUAUCACAGAGGAAAAUAAUGAGGUAUCCCAAGACAAUAAUGUGAAACAUGUUAUGUCUCCCAAAGAAGAUAAUGAUAAUUUGGAUCAUUUUAACACGAUUGAAUAUCAAAACUACCAUUCAGAGGGGGUGUCUACACUAGUUUCUAAACCUUUUGAUGAAGAUCUAUCUGAACAAAAUAUUCCUGAUAUGGAAAGUCCCUCUUCAGUUUCUCCCAGAGAAGAAUGUAAUCAAAGGAACCAUUAUCCAAUAAUGGUUGAAAAUCAAAACAUGAUUAAUAGAUCAGAAAUGAACGCUUCAGAGUCAGAACAAUCAAAUCUUUUUUUGCAUGCUAAAGAACAACCAUCAAUAGGAGACGAGUCAACCCCUAACUUGAACACUGAUAAAUUUGAAUUGGAAAGUUGUGAAGACAUUUCAGAAAUGCUCGACAUUGAAGACACAACUUCAAAUUAUGGAAAUGAAGGAAUUUCACAGAAUCUAUAUGCAGAAGAUAUUGAACCCCUGGAUACAACAGAUAAGCCACUACCAAAUAAUUUAUUACCAUAUAAAGCUGAUUCUUCUGAAUUAAGUGAAACUCCUGAAAGUGUGGAGAGUGAGAAUGAGUUUGCUCAUGAAAAAUGUAUUGAUAUUAUACUGCAUCAUGAAUUGUCCCAAAUCCUUGAUGCUUGGAAUACAUCAGUGAGUGAAGAAAUGCAGUUUGCUGGAUUAAGCCCCAUGAAGAAUGAAAUGUCAGAAGGAUCAAGUAAUUCCCCUACAAAUACUUCCCUCAAAAUUACUGGUGAGGAAGAUAAUAGCAGUGGCGGGUCCAUUAAUAAUGAUACAUAUUCAGGUCCAACAAGCCCAGAUAUAAGUGAUUCUUCAACUAAUAUACAUACCAGGGAGAAUUUUCAAGGAAGUAAUACCCAGAGUGAAGGUAUAUGGGACGUUACAAAUGAUAUCAAAAUAGAUGAAUCUGGAAAGGAAUCCCUUGAAAAUAAAAGCCAAGAAGAUUCUGAAACAAACACUGAUCACAAAGUUCCUAAAAACUUAGUUCUUUGGAAUGCUCAUGUGGAUGAUGAUACAUCUUCGUUAUCAAGUCCUGGAACAGAUGAAGUUUCAGAAUGUUCAAAUAGACAUCAGGGAGGAAUAGAGUCAGAUUUAGACUCUGAGAAAUUGGAGGAUGCUAUGAGAGAGAGUGAAUCUUUGCAUUUCCAUGAAACCAAUCUUAUAGUUGAUUCAAAAAAUUCAAAUGGUCAACCUAAAUUGAAGGAAAAUGCUCAGAUGGAUGCAUUAAAUAAAACCUCCAAAGAUGUUAAUAUUAUAACAGAAGACUAUGCCCAUGAAACAUCUGAAUAUUUUAUAGAAAGCGAAAUAGAUCAGGAAGAUGUACAUAAUCACCUUGAACAAACAUCUGCUGUAAACAAUGAAGAAAUUUAUAAUCCAAAUAAUUUAGAUGCCUGGGAUAUUCUGUUGCAAGAUAAUGCAAAAAGUGCAUUAGAUGAAAAUAAAAAAUCCAUAGAAGAAUGUUUUGGAUUUCCAGAUGAUACAUUUGAAUGGUGGAAUUUGGAAAAACAAAAUGAGAGUUCACUUGGAUUGAAUUCAAGGAAUGAUUUAGAAAGAAACUAUGCAAGAGUUAUCCCUGAUAAUACAUGGGCAGUAAAUCCAAAAAUAAAUGAAAAUGUUGAAGAACCAAAUCUUACAGCUACUUCCACACAUGAAAAAGAAUCUACACAAUGUAACAAUAUACAUGAAUAUAAAAAUGAGGAACCUGUACUGACUCAUUGGUAUGAAGGGUCAGAUCAAGCUUGUGCAAACAUUGGAGAAUAUGAUGGACUACCGUGGCCACAUAUUGAUGAAACAGAGAGAAGACAAGAACCCUCUCCUAAUACUGUUAAACAAACUGUUCCAGAAGACUGGCAGACAAGCCUGCUAAAUGCUGUUGCUCAGGAAGAUCUAAAACUUGAUCCAAAUAUGAUAACUAGAAGUAGAUUUGUCCCCAGAAUAAUAAAUCAGUACAGUGAAAUGCAACCAGAGACUAUUAACAAAUCUCCAUCUGAUCCUUCACUAUCUUUAACAAAACCUUUGAGCUCAACACCUACUGAAGAAAGAAUUAACCAAGGAAAUUCAUUUGUUCCUGACAUAUUACAGAACAGCACCCCAGGAAACUGCCAGAUAUUUAGUAUUGAUCCAGAUUUGUGGACUGAUGUAGACCAUCCCUUCAUUUUGAAAACAAGCAGAGAAAACCCAGAUAUAUUAAAUCACUUUGAUCAAGACAGCAGUUCACAGGCCUCAAGCAGUCCUGAUGUUUGCCAGUAUGAAAGCAAGGAAACAUAUGCACAAACCUCUGUCCUAGCUGAACAUGAGGAGCUCGGAGUGAUGUCUCCCAACUUGUUAAAAGACACUGAUUUUCAUUUUAAACAGCAACUGGCAAUUGACAGAGUGGAAUUAUGUCCUGAAGAAAACGACUCAUGUCUUUCAAAUAAGUAUGAGAAAAUCUACCAAGGAACAUCUCCAAAUGACAAACUACCUGAAGUUGAAAAAGAAAAUAUUAAUCAGGAAUCUGUUUUGGCCACAGAUAAUUUUAUGUGUGAUAAUUUUCCUGUAAAUGAUCAGCUUUCAGCCUUUGGCCAUGUAACAGGACUAACUGAACAGCUGAAAACAGUGCAUACUGCACUUGAUGACACUGGAAAAGAGUAUAGUAUGAAUAAGGUACCAAUUAUGAAUAACCAAUGUGUGAUGCUGAAUGAAACUAAUCCUUUAACAGUCAUUGACGAAUCAGAGAAAACAGAAAUUCAUCCAACACUUACAAAGAAACAAUCACCACAAGCCUCAUUAGAAGAAAAGGAAAAGAUCCUAUAUGAUUCAGAAAUACAAUAUUCUGCAGAUAGUCUACAAAAUCUUCAAAAUACACAGGAAAAUUAUAGUCCAGAGUUUAUAGAAUCACCCCAUAAACAAUUAACACUAGCAUGUGUUUCUCCUUUUGGUUUGGACACUCUUCAAAAAGAUGACAUGAACAUUUCAGGAUCUAACUCUACUCUCAUAAAAGAUGAUGUUGCUGAAUAUUCUCAACAGGGUUGGGGAUCCCUGUUAUUAGAAUCUGAUGGGACUCCUGGAUCUUCAUGUACUUUGAAAGCAUUUGAGUUUGAAACAGAUUCAAGUAAUAUUGAAUCUCCAGUUGCUGGUAGUGAAAUUGACAUUUUGGAAUCUAAAGCUACUAGUUUAAAAAAUGAGGUUACAGAAGAUCAAGAAAAUCAAGGCUGGGAGUCAUUUUUAUUAGAAUCUGAUGAGAAAUUGCAACCCUCAUGUGUUUUUAAAAAACCUGUGCAUGAAAUAUAUUCAAAUAGUAUUGAUUCACCAACUAGCGAAUAUGAAAAUAACCUUUUAGAAAAGAAAUCUGAUGAUGUAAAUAGCAAAGCUGGAGAAAGUUGUGAAAACUGGGAUUCUUUAUUGCUGGACUCGGAAGUAAUUCCCGACUUAACAGAUGAUUUGAACAAAUGUGAAUCCAAAGAAAAAUCAACUCAUAUUGAUUCACCAGCAGAUGGAGUCAUAAGCGUAAACAACGAAGCUGUCUGUGAUGUGUUUAAUUUUGAUAGUAAAGAGACCAAGUUCCCAGAAAGGACAAGAAAGGACAAUAAGGAAGAUAAACAAUUACAGGAAGCAGAAGAGCAGUCUUCUUUAGAAAUGGACUAUAUACUCAUUAGCGGUGAAGAACAUGUAUCUUUGACAAAGGACUUAUUGGUAACACAAGAAAGCAAUUUCCCUUCAGCAGUUGCUGAACAAAUGGAUUCUCUUGAAACAUUUUCAGCAGACUCCUCGGAUACAUUACAGUCAAUCUCCAUAAUAAAUGAAAGUGAAGGACAGUCUACUCUGGAGAAUGAAUGGGACUCUUUCUACUUAGAAGAGAAAAGUUCUGCUCCUGUGCCCCAAAAAUGGGAAGGUGAAAAUAAAUCACCCAGAAUCCUUGUACAAGACCAGGAGUGGACUAUAGUAGGCCAAAAUGGAGAGCAGGAGGUAUCAUCUGAAGAUAAUUGUAGCAAGCCAGUCACAAUAGAGUCAUUAUGCAGACAAUCCAUUAAAGAAUUAGACAAUGUUUUAAGCCAGGAACUGAUCUCUGAGACCCAAACUGAUAUCCCACCAGAUAAAAGCUCUUACCAAGCCUGGGAACAACAGGACAAGAUUUCAUGUGAUACCAAAACAGAUGCUCCUUUCUUGCAAGUGGAUGCUAAUGAUGUUGAAUUGGAUGAUCAUCCACAACAACCUCCUGGAGAGAGCAUGGUUAAAGAACAAGAAACAGAAGACGAGAUUCCAUCUGUGGACAAUGAAAGACAUCUCCAUCAAACAGUAGGAUUGGUACCAGAGGAUGUGGGAAUGGAUAUCCUUAAUGAGGCCAUGCUAGAUUCUACUGCAAUAGAGAUGAGACCUGAACCUCCCAAUUCGCUAGACCUUAAUGGCUCUCAUCCCAGAAGAAUAAAGCUCACUGCUCCAAAUAUCAAUCUCUCUUUGGACCAGAGUGAAGGAUCUGUCCUUUCUGAUGAUAACCUGGACACUCCAGAUGAAAUUGAUAUUAAUGUAGAUGAUCUGGACACGCCAGACGAAGGAGAUUCUUUAGAAUAUGCUGGACAUGAAGAGCAACCAGCCAUUAAAGAACCUUCUCAAGAAGAAUCUGAAUCCAUCCCAGAAUAUACUGCUGAAGAGGAACGGGAAGACAACAGGUUAUGGAGAACUGUUGUUAUUGGAGACCAGGAGCAGAGGAUUGAUAUGAAAGCAAUUGAACCUUUUAAAAAGGUUAUUUCUCAUGGAGGAUACUAUGGUGAUGGCUUGAAUGCCAUCAUUGUAUUUGCUGCAUGUUUUCUACCGGAUAACAGUCAAAUGGAUUAUACGUAUGUCAUGGAAAACCUUUUCUUAUAUGUAAUAAGUACUUUGGAGCUCAUGGUUGCUGAAGACUAUAUGAUUGUUUACUUAAAUGGAGCAACCCCAAGGAGAAGAAUGCCAGGACUUGGAUGGAUGAAAAGAUGCUACCAGAUGAUUGACAGGCGAUUAAGGAAGAAUUUGAAAUCAUUCAUCAUAGUUCACCCUUCUUGGUUUAUAAGAACAAUUCUAGCUGUCACACGGCCAUUUAUAAGUUCAAAAUUCAGUAAUAAGAUACAAUACGUCAACACUUUGGCAGACCUUAAUGAACUAAUUCCAAUGGAAUAUGUAAAUGUCCCAGAAAGUAUUGUCAAGUAUGACGAAGAGCGAUCCAUUCAGAGAAGAGUAAGACUGGAUGAAGAGCUCAGGGAGGCAUCAGCAAAAGCAAGCUGUCUUUCAAAUGAGCCCGAAAUAACGUCAGUCCAACAGGACAUCAACAUGGCCAUGAAAAAUUCUUAACUUCCAUGGAAAUUGGAGAAGAAAACGUUCCUGUUUGAUGUGCCUGACUCUUGAAGAUGGGACAGUUUUGGCUUCUCAUCGGAACAUUAGGAUCUUCUUGUGCACAAAUCUCUUUUAUUUCCCCAAAGCCUGUCUGUGCAAGAAAGACUCCUGGUAGAUUUAACCUUUGUUCUCUGAUCACUUAGUGUUAUUUGGAGCAUUCUGAAAUUAAACAGGAGGUGGCUGCUACUGCCAGAAUAGUAGCAGAGGUGCAGGUAAUGACUUUGUGUAAUAUUAUAUCAGGAGUAGAUUUACAAUAAGGAAAAUUCUGCAUUUUUGAAUUCCAAAUUAUUUUGCCAUUAAUGUGCCUGACCUGUGAUUUUAUAGUGUGGCUCAGUCUCUUGUCUUCUACAUAUUUAUGUAUUAAUAGCUAGAGAUUUUAGCUUCCAUGCAGCAAUGCUGAUCUUCCUUCCUUCCUUCCUUCCUUCCUUCCUUCCUUCCUUCCUUCCUUCCUUCCUUCCGACCCGAUGAUUGAGAAUCUCCAUAGACAACAAUCAGAUGGCUGCAGAAAGAGAACUAACUUAGUGCUGCCACCUAGUGUAUGCAGUAGUCCUACGUAGGCUGCGAUCUUAGAGCAUUUCCAAGGAGCUCUGGGUUGCAUACCGUAUUCUUAUAAGAAAAGAUACAGGACCCCCUCUUCACAAACCAUUGGUUCUCCUUUUAAGAUAUGAGCCAAUAUUUUCUGGACUCUGUAAUUUUCCUGAAACCAGGGCAAAGACAAACCCAUGUUUUGCACAGCUUGGGUCUCUUUUUCUUCUGGCUUUGGUCUUGUUUCACCUUACUGCUCUAAAGCGGGUAACCCCUCGGUCAGCGUCUGCUUUCCCAUAAUUAAGAUAGGAAAAAAAUGCAGGUAAAUGUAUUAGUAAGCCAGGCAGUUCUAAUCCUUUUAGUCAGUUUCAUACUUCCUGUAAAAUAACAACAAUAUUAGAAAACCCUGCUGGCUUCAUGUUUUCUGUUGAGAAAAGUGAACUCAUUGAACUUUUGCCUCUUCCGGUUCCUAAUCUCAUUUCUCCACCCCCCCCCCCCCAAAAAAAGUGAUAGUCCAGCCUGCAGUGAUGGUUCGAACUACUGGAAAAAGCAUCCAAUUGAAAAUGCCACCAUACUAUCCUUCGAAGAUCACCAGGAGAUCUAUUUAAAUAAAUAAAUAAAAAAAAAACUAUGGUAAUUUCUACCUGUAACAACUUUUUUGGGAGGGAUAUGCCAAAAACAAAAAAAAAAACAAAAAAAAAACCCUCAAGAACCCCAGGUUCUUGCAAAAAUGGCUAGAUAUGCAAAAUAUAAUAAUAAUAAUAACUGGCUACUAGUGGCCUGCCUGUUCUCAGUAUUUUGAAGCUGGCAGAAGUGAAGAUAAUUAAAAGUUUGGCUUCAAAUCUGGUUAUGAGAGAUUGUAAAGUGGAAAAAGGUUGCUUGUUAUGGAAGUGCCCCAAGAUUAGUUAUUUCUUGGCUCUUUUAAUAUAUAAAUGCAGAGUAUUUCUUGAAAAAAAAAGGAAAACAUUUUAAGUGAGUUUUAAGUGAGAUCCUAAUGUGAUUCAGAGCCUUCACAGAUGUUGAUUUGGCACUGUUAACUGCAAUUGCCCUGUUUUGGCUCCUGUAAAUUUUGUGCUUUUUUUCACUGUUUAAAUUGCAGAUUGGGACCAUUCCUAAUUUUUUUAAAAAAACAACUUAAAUUAUGUAGAAGCAAUCGUGAAAAAAACCAAAAGUUCAAUAAGUUUUCUUACAACCUAAUAUAUGUGGGGAGAGGGAUGACUACAUAUGAGAACAUAUAUAGAUAGAAAUAAAACCCAAUACAUGGAUUCAGUAAAGCUAAAACAUUUGAUAAAAUGAUAGGAUAAUAUUUUGAAACAUUGGCACAAUAUAAAGUAAAAAAUAUUUUGAUUCCUAUACUAAUAUUCACGGCUAUCAUAGCAUCAAAUCAACAUUUACUGUUAAUUAUUGCAUCAUACAGUCAUAGAAUAGCAUUCCUAUAUUAAGGAGAAAGCUUACACAUUUUGAAAAAUGCUAGUUAAUUUCAAAGCAUGGUGACCAAGGAAUCAUUGGAUGGACUGGAGUAUAUUGUUAGGAAUUAAUAGCAUUAUAUUAAGUUAUUUAAUAAGCAUAUUUAUUUAAUCAACCUUUGCAGUAAUAACAGGCAUAACUUGUUCAUAAGAAUUUAUUAUAAUAAGCUUAAAAACCACACAGUGCUAUCAUCUUGUUGUAGCAAUAUAGCUUUCCAUAGAUUUAGGUAUACACAAUGGCAUCUAAAGUCAUUAAUAUUCUUAUUAUUAUUAAUCAUUAAUAGUCAUGCUGAAUAGAAGUGACCUAGAGCGCCUAUGUUUGCAGUUUUCUCCAUUGAUACAUCAUUCAGAAUAUAUUGUUCAUCUCCUGGGGAAACUAUGAAACAUAUGGUACAUCAUAAAGAAGCAAAAAGCCAGCAUAUAAACCAUGAAUGUUGGGGAAAAGAGGCUUGCCUCCAUUUUAAUAAAUGGAAUUUUAUUUUGCCAUCUAUAGGAUAGAAAAGAAUUUUAUUUUGCCAUUUAUGAGAUUGUAACAUAUAUAUAAAUUAGCUAAUUAAUUCAUUAAUUUAGUAAUCUGUCUUGUCUUUACCUCAUGUUUUGUGCUUGUAAUCAUAUCCUGCGUAUUUACUCUGAAUAUCUCUCAGAUCUUCUUUUAUUAUUUAUGUCAAACUUUAUCCAAUUUGGAGACUACCCAUGCUCACAGAGCAAGUUAUUCUUUUUUAAAAUAUAAGUUUAAAUCUUUAAACUGAACCUUUAGGCUUUAAAAUAACACUAGAAUGUUAAAAUUGUAUUCCUUGGAAAAGGCAUUGGUUUAAACCACAGUGCUGUCGUAAUGAUGACACCUGCAUCAUAAUGUCAUCUUACAAAAAACAUAAUUAUGUAAUUAUGUUAUGAAUCACAUCAUAAUGCAAGCACGUGAUUGUUUUGUUUUCUAUUCUGUAUUUUUAAAUUUUUAUUUAUUAUUUUUUUAAAAGAAAAAGCAAGCAAGGAGAAGAGAAAAAAAAGAUACAAAAACACAUUUAUAUGUGGAGGAAAGGUAUUACCAAGAUUGUACAGUUAAUGAUUACUAUAUUUGUAUGUCUCUGUACUUUAAAUCAUCCUGAGCCCUUGGAAAAUAGGAUGAUAUAAACACUUACCAGUAUAUAAAUAAAUGGAAUAAAAUAAUAAUAAUUUGCACAAAA